AGCUCUUCAGCAAACAGUUGCGGAAAAGAACUUCGAUGGCUGGACCUAUGAUGCCGUCCUUAGCACCCAGAGUCAUAGACCCGCUUUGGUUCACUGUCGACAAACCAUGUGAUGAUGCAGAAUUACAAAGCAAACUUGAAUCGGAAUAUCACCAGUGGUUACAUAAUGUUGGAUCCAAGGAUGCUCAUCUGAUUCCUAUUGGCAAGACCCUAGAGCAAAUGGAUGAGGAUGAUGAAGAAGAUGAAGAUGAUGGAGAGGAGGAUGAUGAGGAAAGUGAUACAAAUGAUGAUGAGCUGGACACAGAUCUGAUGGAUGACAGAGACUCUGCUGAUGAUGCAAGCAACUAUUGAAAAAUACCAAGACAGUGUUCUCAUUUGUCUGAAUGAGGUUUGCACCAGCCUGGACUCUGAUUGCAUUUGCACCUGGUCAUGCAUGCAAGAUAGAAAGGAGAGAAAGUCAAGAAAAAGCACAAGAAUUGCUUGAGAAGAGGAUACAGUAUAAAAUAAAUGUGUUGAGGGAAAAGUAAACUUGAAGAAUGAAGAAGACAGAUGAGAAGAAAGAUGGAUUUAAAAGAUCAUUCAUCAUUCAGGUUAAAACUGUGUAGAUUAUAAUGACAUUAAAAUUUGGCUUGUUGCUAAAAAAAGAAUACAUAUAUCCUACUAGUGUUUUUUUUUUACCAAAGUUGUGCAUCAAGAAUAGUGUGUUCGUUAACAAGAUAGCUAAGGAUUAGAGUUAUGCAUAAAUGUGGCCACAUUUGUUAGGUUGAAAGUUUGCAGAAAAUACCUCAAUCAUUGUCCUGUACAGGAAAGGCAAGUAUAAUUCAUCUCAUAAUUAAUGGUUGUGUAUUCUAUUAAACAGAACCAAAAAAACCUUC